GGCGCUUGCGUGAACGUCAUCGGCAACCAAUAACGAAGUAAAUAAUGGCGGAGAAUAAGUAAGAAGUCUCGACAAUCAACGGUAAUCCGUCCCUAUUAGCUUUCCAAUGGCGUAUAUUGUCGCCUGAACAAUAAGUUUAUUCAUUGUAUGAGCCGCUAACAGUGUUUUGAAGGAGCUCUGAAGGACAAGAUGGAAUUAAGGGUCGGGAACAAGUACAGACUCGGGAGAAAAAUCGGCAGUGGGUCAUUCGGUGACAUUUAUUUGGGGACCGACAUUUCCAAUGGAGAGGAAGUUGCUAUAAAGUUGGAAUGUGUAAAAACAAAGCACCCCCAGCUCCAUAUAGAGAGCAAGAUCUACAAGAUGAUGCAGGGGGGAGUGGGUAUCCCCACCAUCAAGUGGUGCGGAGCUGAGGGAGAUUACAAUGUGAUGGUAAUGGAGCUCCUAGGGCCCAGUCUGGAAGAUCUCUUCAACUUCUGCUCCAGAAAAUUCAGUCUCAAAACAGUCUUGCUGCUGGCAGAUCAGUUGAUAAGUAGGAUAGAAUACAUACACUCCAAAAAUUUCAUUCAUCGAGAUGUCAAACCAGAUAACUUUCUCAUGGGACUAGGAAAGAAAGGAAAUCUAGUGUAUAUAAUAGACUUUGGACUUGCCAAGAAAUACAGGGAUGCCCGAACACAUCAACAUAUUCCAUACAGAGAAAACAAGAAUCUCACGGGAACUGCCAGAUAUGCCAGCAUUAACACACAUCUCGGAAUAGAACAAAGUCGGCGCGACGACAUGGAGUCUCUUGGCUAUGUAUUCAUGUACUUCCUGAGGGGCAGCUUACCCUGGCAGGGACUUAAGGCAGCAACCAAACGCCAGAAGUACGAGCGAAUCAGUGAAAAGAAAAUGUCCACUCCCAUUGAAGAGUUGUGUAAAGGGUUUCCUUCUGAGUUUGCCACAUAUCUGAACUUUUGCCGAUCCCUGCGCUUCGAUGAUAAGCCUGAUUAUUCAUACCUGCGACAAUUGUUUCGUAACCUCUUCCACAGACAGGGAUUUACAUAUGACUAUGUAUUUGACUGGAAUAUGUUAAAAUUUGGCGGGCGUAACAGCGAUGACGCAGAUCGCGGUAAAGUGAGUUCCUCUGCACGUCCCCUCCACGGAACCGCAGGAGGCAGUCGGAUGCGGGGGGAACAGAUCCCUCCCACUACCACCCCUCCAGGGGACUACAAUAAUGGCACGCGGGGCUCACGCACCAGGGACCGUUUACCCACACGUCUUUCCCUCUCCUCGCGGGGUCCAGAGGUCGCUGAGGGGAAUCCCGACUCUAAGGCCAGUGAGAGUAGACUAGCCACCCCGUCAUCUGGUGGACGAAUCAGUUUCAAGGGUUCAGGAUUACCCAUUCCUGUGGGGAACCCUAAUGAUAGUGCCAAGCUCAGACCUGAAUCUCCGAGACCUAUAUCUCGGGAAAGAGAACGACGAACAAGUACACGCCUUCAUCGAGGAAUCCCAACAGGUGCUGAGUUUGUGCGGGACGGAACCCGUGUGUCAACGGCGCCGAUGCAACCAGGGAUGGUGACAAAUUCAGCCAUGCGUAGAGGAAGUGCGUCCAAGGAUGGCGACAACCCAGCGAGAACGGGCUCCUCGCGACAUGCGCGCAAGUGAGAGGAAGGAUAUUCCUGAACUUUGUACAAGGUUUUCCAUGAACAAAUCCUACCAAAUCAGGAAAUAUCAGUGUGUGAUCAUGUGCCAACAUCAACCAAAACAGUGAUACAAAUUGUUAUAUAAGUGGUGUGUGUGUGGCAAGUCUUGUUCAGUGUAUAACAAGAGAGCAAUAAGCUGCAUAGGGAACUUUUCCCUGUUUCAGGUUUGCAAGUAGAUCUCAGUCGUUCAUUAGCAGAGUAGAAAGUUGGAAGUCUACUGACUGUAACCAGCCUCAACAGUGCUGGAAAAAGUUCUCAAGAAUAGCUAGGCUUGUGUGAAUGUGCUAUGUCGACUUUGUAAUAUGUAUUACUCAUUUUCCGUAAAUUAAUUCAUGCUCAUGACUUUGCUCUGUAUAUAUAAGGUAAUGAAAGACAUCACUUUAACAUACUGUAAAUAUAAUGUAUCUUUCGUUUUUAACUUGGAAAUAUUGUGUAUGUGUGGCCAUUUGUAGGUGAUAGAUUUCUAAGUCUCUGGAUGACAGUACGUACUUGUAGGACCAAGCCAAUGUUGUAAUAUCUGUGUAGAGUUGUCCCCCUUCACCGUGUGUCAGUAUUUCUGUAACAGAUUAAAUAAUUACCUAUUUAUUUUAACUCGUGUAUAUUCAUGAUUCCCCAGAAAUAUUGAGAAAAUAAGAUUUAUUAUAGUAUCAGAUGAACCAAUUUAAAAAAAAUACUUUCAUUACUUUGAUACUACAGUAUUUUGACAGUAGGACAUGAGAUGUGGACAUUUGUGCUAUACUAUAGGUCUCUGUUGAGAGCUGGUAUAUUGACUGGACGGUCACUAUAUUGCCAAUACAUGGACAGAUCAGUUACCGACAGUUUGAUGAUGUUUGUCUACUGCUGAGUAACAAGACUGGAACUUGCGUUCGAAAGUCCUCCUUUUGUAAUGGGAAUCCAAUAGAGAUGAUUUGGUCAUUGUCUGAUGCAUUGUAUAUGAUUUCGUCAGUCUGAUGCAUUGUAUAUCUCCUUUAAAUGAUUUGGGAUCUUUUGGACAGGACUACAAUGAGUGAAUGCUUUUUAUACAUGAGCAAUUUUUUUUUUUAUAAGUGAGACUGUUUGAAAUUUUUAAAAGCGUAUUUAAUGGUCAAUAUUGUUGACUUGUCAUCUUUUAAAAUAAAAGAAUUUUUAAAAAUGAA